CGACUUUAUGAAGACUGCUUUCAAUCCAAUAUGUGGCAUAUUAUGAUUUUACCGAGUGGAGGAAGAAUAAUGUAUAAUGAAAGGUUAAAUUUGAUUGUUGUGCGGGAAGACUGGCACGGCGGGUGGUGAGGGCCGGUGUCCAAAUUAAUGUAUGACCACCCGUAUCUUUGCAAUUGUAAGAUUGAUUAAUUUCCAGAAUAUUUUAAUUGAUAAUUUUUUGCUUGAAACUAAUCUUAGUAGUUUUUUUAAUAUAUUAAAUUGAACGAGUUAUAGACAUAGGUUUAUGGAUUGAAGUUCUAUUUGUCGCAACUACCUGAACAAUACAUCAUGGAGCCAUCAGCGAUUUCUAGGUACACUGAAGAAGCUAUGGUCGUGGAUCGCAAAGUACUGGAGGGGCUCAAUAGCAGAGGUCCCCUCGUGUGUUCUUAUAACGACAAGAAUAGCCUCAUUUCAUACUUCUCUUCAAGUUGCUUGCCGACGGCCAUGAAGAAAAGUAUGAUGCUGCAAUCGUCUGGGAUAGACCUGACGGCGGCAAAAGUAGACUUUCUAAAUUAUAAAAUGGAGCCUCGUGGAACUAACACGGUAUUUUACCUCAGCGAUUUAAUUACCCCUGGUGCGGUUGGAGGAAGUUACCAUUCCCAUGUCAUAGAGUGUACAAAUCGUCUGUUUUGUACAUUGGCCUAUCUCGUUCCUGGUUACGCGGCCAACAAGCCAGCUCUGACUAAGCUUAAAGCUGCCAUGAAGUUUCAAAAAGUGUGUUCUUUCGUCGUAAACCUUAGUGUCGUUAAUAUUUCGAAGUUUUUAAAAGUAAUUAAAGACACGAAAAUGAUCUUCAGGUCUGAUGAUGAACACGUGGACCCAGCUGACAAAAAGCUAUUGGUGACAGCGUCAUGGGUAACAUUCACGCAGAUAUUAAGUUUCUUGAUGCAAGAAAUAGAGCGAUCGUGCCCUUUCGUUGACGCAGCUGCAGUGGUUCUGAACCAACAUGAACGGGCAAUUAUUAUGAGACUAGUGUACCAACAUUUCUCAUUGGUUUACAGAUUAUGUGAAGCCAGUGAAGGGUUGGAGCAACGUUUAAAUGAAGCACGGAUGCUUCUUAUGGAAGAUCUGGAAACUGUUGUCAGGUCCAGGAUGUCAUUUGAAUGCGUCAACCUUGGUACACCUUACUUAGUUGUUUUUAUACUUGUUAUGACUUAUAAUGCUAUCUUCUUCAGUUUUAAUGUAGCCGACGAAGAAGAGCGUCGACCUUAAUCUUCAGUAUAAUUUUAUUCGUAGCUUUUUUAUAAUUUUGUUUGGAGAGUGGCUUUUAUUAACCAUUUGACAAUUAGAUUUUGCCCCGCUGAACUGUAAAUGACUAUUGGCUACUGCUUCGGUUUCGUGUAGCUCAAAAUGUCGGCAUCUUCCAUACUUAUUUUCCACAUCAAGCGACUUUGACAUUUCUUAACCAUAUUUUAAAAGUAAUGAUGAACGGGCUUAAUUGAACUUGCCAGUUUCAGGGUGACCUCGCUUUACCAACAUUAUUUCAGUGAAGGCUGUUGAUUUUAUAUAUAUUACUAUUAUAGGCGAAUGUUGCUCGUUAGUUGUUAGUCUGUUUAGAAUUGUUUAAUAAUUCAGUAUAUUUCUGUUGUUAGCCUCGCAGAUUUCUGCGAGUCCUUAUCAUACAAUUAGAGAACAACUCCUGGGUCGUUCUUCUGUCCAAUUCGAUAUUUUAGAGAUUGUUGAGUUUUACGAAUCUUACAAAGUUUAGUAUAAGUUUCUUUCCAGGUGAUGUAUGAAGGCAAUUAAUUAAAUAGACAGAGAACGUGA